AUGUUGCAGCAAGGACACCUCAAAGAGCUGCUAAGCGAUAGGGGGAGAACCAAUUUCUCUAGAGGAUACGAACACCAAGGCCCGCCAAAGACACUAUCACCAGCUCGAACCAUCACCAUGAUUAUCGGUGAUGGCGAUGACGCCUCUAUCAACAACGUUAAGUUCAUCACCACCCACAAAAUCAAGCGGUCUAUCACCCGUGAACGGUACAACAAACUCAAAGAAAGUAUCAUCUUCGACAAGUCGGAUGCCGAUGGUUUGACUUUUCCUCAUAAUGAUGCCCUCGUUAUUACUUUACGUAUUUUAGAUAUCGAUGUCAAACACAUCAUGGUAGAUGACGGGAGCGGCGCAUGUAUUAUCUAUCCUCGAGUCCUUAUCGAAAUGAGACUCGAAGAUAAGAUAGUGUCGCGUUGCAUCACACUAACUGGUUUUAAUAAUGCAGUAGAACGAACAUUCAGGAAAAUUACACUCAUUGUCUUGGCUGGCAGCAUAACUCUAGAGACAACAUUCCAUAUUAUGGACCAAGCCAUUACAUACAACGCCAUAGUAGGACAACCAUGGAUACAUCCCAUGAGAGUUGUCUCUUGA